UGCAACAGUUUCUACUUGACUUAACAAGGAAAGGGACACAUUGUAUUGCCACAAAAGUAUUUUUGGUGACGUAUUUAGUACGAUGGCGAGCAAGAUUCCAGAAUCUGACUUUGACGAGCAGUUCCUGACGUGCCCGGUCUGCAUGCUGCACUUCCGGGACCCCAGAGUCCUGCCAUGUCUGCACACAUUUUGCAUGGAGUGUCUGCAAGAAUGGGCCACUAAACAACAGCCGCUGGAGUGUCCAACCUGCCGCACACAGGUCAGUCUACCUGACCAAGGUGUGGACGGUCUCAGGACCAACUUCUACGUCAACAACCUGCUGGACUUCGCGGCGGCCAAGAAAGGUUCGGAGCCAGGUGUGUCAUGCCAGGUGUGCGAGGGGAAUGUGGAGGGGCAAAAGUCUUGGUGUGCGGAUUGUGGCAUGCUACUGUGCCAGUCUUGUAUUGCCGUGCACCGCAAGGUUCCAGCUACAAAACAUCAUCAAAUGGUUACACAAGAGGCUAUCAAUACAAUGGGGGGUAUGGAAGGAUUGGAACGCAAGCGGCACUGCCAUAAACACAAGAACCAGGAACUGGUGUUCUACUGUGAGAGCUGUAACGUUUUAGUUUGUACGGCAUGUACCGUGGUCGAUCAUCGGCCGGGCAAAGAUCACAAUCCGGUAGAAAUCACCACCGUCGCCCAGAAAAGGACUGAAAAACUACGACAAUUUCUAAAGCAGAUAGACCCACGUAUUAAGGAAAUCCAGGAUUCUAUUAAUGAAGUAGAGAAGACGAUGUCAAACUUGAUCCCCUCGAAAGAAGCAGCCACAGACCAAGCAAAGGUAUAUUUCCGCCAACUUGUUGACAUCCUUCAAAAGCGUGAAAAGGAGAUUUUGAGCCACAUUGAAGAACAAUGCCGAGCCGAUGGCAAGGCUCUACAGACAAAGAAGGAAGAGAUAGAGUUUGAGUUUGCCGGACUGACGAGCGCACAGACGUUCUGUCAACAAGCUGUAGAACACGGAAGUGACGUGCACAUUCUGGAGGUGGGAAACCAAGUCCAAACAAGGGUAGAAACUCUGCUGGCAAAACAACUGGAGCUGGAGUCCGACUGGAGCGAGUUUCAGUUCGUAGAGAACACGACUGUCGCGGGCUUUCAGGAAAAAUCUAAAGAUUUCGGUGGUGUGAAGAUAAACGUCGACAUUUCUAAGUGCAAACUUGUCGUAAAGCCAGCAGUUAAGGGGUUUGAGUGCGUCGCUAUGCUGACGACAAUAAACAAAGACGGGCGUCCGUACAUAACAAACAGUAAAGCCGUAGACGUCACAGCUAACAUGAAAGACACUUUUGGAAGGAACGUCCAAACAAAACUACAGAUGAAGAGCAUGGGCGAGUGGGAAAUAUCGUAUACACCCAAGAUCACUGGCAACCAUAGGUUAGAGGUCAAGGUCAACUCACAACGAGUGGCAAGGAGUCCUUUCACUGUCAAAGUGCAAGGAAGAGAGAAACCCGUACUGACUAUAGGACGGAAGGGUAGCGGGGUGGGGGAACUGGACGGACCGGUAGGUGUCGCGGUUGACAAGGACGGCAACAUUGUAGUGGUGGACCAGGGGAACAAGCGGGUUCAGAUAUUUGAUGCAGAAACAGGAGGGUCUUUGUGCUGGUUCCCGGUUGACGGUGGCAGGCCAUAUGGUGUUGAUGUGGACUCAAAGGGGAGGAUUUUUGUUACGUCUUACGGCUCAAAUUGCGGAGUAAGAUGUUACUCAAAGAAAGGUGAACUGUUCAAUACAUUCAAGCCAGACUGCAUGAAGCAACCACGCGGAGUUGCAGUUCUGCGGGACGGCCGCAUGGUGGUGGCGGACAGCAAACAGCAGUCCUGUCUCCUCCUGCAGCCUGACGGAAGCCUCAUCCGGGAGAUCGGCAAGGGGCAGUUACAGUUCCCACAGUUCAUGGCGGUGGACGCGACACAUGAUGCAAUGUAUGUGACAGAUAGGAGUGAACAAAACAUUUUUGUGUUUGGUCUUGAGGAAAACAAAGAGUUCGGUAUGGGCAGGCAAGGUCACUUUGACAGACAAUUUCAAAGCUCCCCGGAAGGUGUAGCAUUAGACGCGGCAGGCAAUAUUAUUGUAGGUGAACAUGACGGCCAUGUUCGCGUUUUCGGGCCAGACUGGUCUUAUUUACAGAGUGUAACAAAAGCUGACGGAAAUUAUGUCAGUGGACUCGCACUGACUCCGGAUGGUAAAUACCUACUGGUUUCACGUUUUCACGGAGAUUGUAUAGAAGUGUACAGGUACAUGUGAUCGUAGACUACAUGUACGUGUAAAGGGUACCAUCAUUUUGUCACUGUUUAACAUUAUUGGUGUUUUCUACUUCAUUCCAUUCUCCGUAACCUAGCUUGGUGAUGGUGUCAUUUACUGCAUCGCUUUGCAAAGCUAUUUUCACUGAGUUUGAACUUGACAGUUCUGAGUUACAUUGCACGAUUUUACCUCUGGAUUUCCGCGAUUUCCUGGGUGGUAUCUUUAGUGUUUUAUGUGAAUGUGUACUUACUCAUACUUAGCAUGACAGGAAUAAUAAGAUAUGCUCCGUCAAUGGUACAAAUUCUCCUGAAAAUAUGUAAGACUGAGGGAAAGGUGGAUAGCACAAGGGUAUUUGUGUCUUUUCUUAACAAGUGUUAGUACAGCCUUCAUACGCAACCAAAUGUUUUACGGUAGGAAUUAUCGUAGAUGGUUCUGUCCUUAUGUUUCCAAUUUCGGGAAUUUGUAGUACUACGAUAUGUCUAUACUUGUUUGUUUUUUAAUCCUCAAGUUUAUAUUGUAUCAUUAAUUUUUUUAGAGGUAUGAUUCAGGCAGUUUGGCAUUAGUGUAGAUUGUUUUCAAUGGACACCCCAACAUUGGCUACCUUAGAGACAAUCCAAUUGCUCUGUGGGGUUCUCUUUAGGGGUGGGCCAACAGUUAGACCAUGUGUGUCCUUGACCCACUACCUGGCCACUGUGACACAUGGUGGCAACUUUGUACAGGUAAAUCUACCUUAUUCACCAGCACAGGUAUAGCAAAACUUGACUCUUGGUACCGUGCCUCAUCUUAGUGCUGAUUGGCUAUCUCAAACUUAAACUCAGUGCGAUACCUUUCCUUAGUGCUGAUUGGCUAUCUCAAACUUAAACUCAGUGCGAUACCUUUCCUUAGUGCUGAUUGGCUAUCUCAAACUUAAACUCAGUGCGAUACCUUUCCUUAGUGCUGAUUGGCUAUCUCAAACUUAAACUCAGUGCGAUACCUUUCCUUAGUGCUGAUUGGCUAUCUCAAACUUAAACUCUGUGUUGUGCCUCUCCUUAUUGCUGAUUGGUUGCCCGAAUGUACAAAUGUAUGGAGAUGGAGAUAUAAAAAGACACACUGAAGCCUAUAAUGUGCCUUGCAACACACUUCCUGAUACAUGCUAUGAAAGUAAUUUUUGGCCACACCUGCCCCAUUUUUAGGAAGCACCUGUCAUAUCAUCUUAAUUAUCAUGACAUAUCCAUACUCCACUGUAACUUAUAGUAGGCAUCAGACUGUGUAUGUCUCUUUAGAGGAUGGCCCAACAGUCUGGCCAUAUGAGGUUGAUGUAAGCAACUUUCUACCAUUGAAUCUAACUUAUACUGUAUCUGUAUCUUCGUAGCUGAUAUUGCAUUGCAGGCAUGCAGCAACGCAAGGCAAAACUUGCCUACCAUACAUGUUUAUGAAUAUAAAUAAAGUAAAAGACAUAA